AAGCCAUGAAGUUUCUGGAAAGCUCCGAAAUGGAUGUUUUUUCGCAGACACUCGUUACGGGAGCAAUCGAUUGUGUUAUUGAUUUCAAAUUAGAAACGUAUUCGUCGAAAAUGGUUACUAGCGAAAAGAAACAAUGGAAAUCGAACGAUAAAUCUGUGAUAUGGGGUGAACGCCAGCCUCUAGGAUCUUACGAGGAAAUGGUGAUGAGUGCAUCGCCCAGUGUUGGUCACAAUCAUCGGCUUCGCCAUUUAUCGGAACGCUCGUGCUCAGGAGGAUCAGACAACGAUUUCGACGUGAAUGACUACCUGAUAAAAGACUCAAUUUCGCGAAAGAAAUUGUAUGAUCUGACUCAAGUUCUGAACUGUUCGUUUCCGGAUCACGAUUUCAGUAAUGCCAACAGUGAAGCGUUUGCUCUCGUCAAUUAUUCGGACCUGAGCCGUCUCGUUGAUAUGAAGCUUGAGACAAUUGUCAGAGACUAUCACGUGAGAAGAGAAGAGCUAUGGGGAAUUAUUGAUGAGGCAAUUGUGCCCGGUGACUGUCAAAUAUACAGCUUCAAGUCCCAAUUCGAAGACGAUCCGUUUACCGAAGACGGUUGCAUUUGGGCACUUGCCUUCAUUUUCUACAACAAAGGACUCAAACGUUUUGUUCUUCUCACAAUUCGUUGCCUAUCGAAACAAGCCGACACGUCCAUCGAAAUUUUCCCCGAUUUCAGUGAAGACGAGGCGGAACCACAAGAGAAAUAGAGUGCAGAUUAUUCAUGUAGAACGCUUAGAAUAGACUAAUAUUCAAGGCGAUAUAGUAUUAGUCUUGCCGGCCAAGCCUCUUUCCCUCUUGUAGUUCUUCUCUUGUAAAUAGAUUCCAUUUCUCAUCAAUCCUCAACCUCCUCCUUCACCUCUCGAGUUCGCAUUUAAUUUGCCACUUCCCACACACCUACCGCUAGAUUAAAGGAACAAAUACUUCGAUUCUCAUUCCUUUUCGUGGCUCGUAGAUAUCAAUUUUCACAAAAACCGCAUCAUAAAUACAUAAAAUUGUUUUUUUU